AUGUUCCCGUGUGUGCUCCUGCUGACAGUAGGCUGGAAAAUAAUCCAAACAUGGAUUUAUUCAAUCCAGCUUCUGUAAAAAACAUUACCUUCAUCCGACCUCCCUAUUUUAUUAUCAGAGGUUUCACUGACUUGCCUGAAAUAAGAUUUUACUACUAUUUUCUUUUUGUUGCCUACAUAUUUUUGGUCCAGGGAAAUACAGCUGUAAUGGCUUUAAUAUACCUGGAUCGUAAUCUAAGGACUCCGAAGUAUGUUGCCGUGUUUAAUCUUGCAUUUGUUGACCUGUUGGGGGGCACUGCUCUAGUACCAAAGGCUCUCAAUCUGGUUGCUCUUUGCUAUGAUAGACUAAUGGCUAUAAUGUUUCCUUUGCACUAUCAUGUGAACGUUACCCAUAAGAUUAUGUUUUCUUUGAUUGCUUUUUUCUGGUCAGUUGCUUUAUUAGCUGUUUGUAUUGCGAUUGGUUUUCUGACAACACUUUCAUUCUGUAAUUCUGUGGUUAUUAACAGCUUCUUUUGUGACCACGGUCAAAUGUACAGACUGGCGUGCAAUGAUAAUUUUCCAAGUUUUGUGAUUGCAAAUUUGCUUCCGGUUCUGUUUCUUUGGCUUCCUCUUUUGAUAAUAAUAUCCAGUUAUAUAUGUAUUGGUUAUGCAUUAGCUCGGGUUACCUCAGCUCAGGAAAGACUUAAGGCUCUAAAAACGUGUGUAGGUCAUCUUUCUUUAGUGGCAACAUUUUUUUUUCCUAUAAUAAUCACAUUUAUUAUGGGUCCUAGACUACAUCCAAAUUCCAGGAUCAUUAACCUCUCUCUGACCUCAGCUAUUCCACCAGUGUUGAACCCAUUAAUUUAUGUUAUGCAUACACAAGAAAUGAAAUUAUCAAUCAAAAGUUUGAUAAAAAGAAGGAAUAAAUCUAAAAUUAUGAAUUAGUUUUUCAAAUGCCUAUUUUUUUAUAUCCAUACUAGAAAAUUAACUGUCUGGAAUAAUUUGUCAUACGUUUGGCUUUGUGACUCAGGAAGACUCAGUAGCCUUAGAAUUCUAACUUUUGUUUCAAUAAAUUAGGCCUGAAAUUAUUCUCCUCCUACUUGAUUUUCAGUUGAAUUCCUCCCUGUCUUUAAUGUCCAUAUAUGAUGGGAUCACUAAAGAAAUCACAGUUUGAGAGGGAUUUCAUGUUUAAAGUAACACGCAUGUUUGUUAAAUGUAAAACUGUUUUCUGUAAAGAAAAAUCCCAUUUAUGGUAACUCCCAUUCUAAAGUAAGUAUUCUAGCAUCAUAACCCUGUCUUUGUUUUCCUACAAAUGUAAGAGACCAUAAGAUGUCUACAAUUAUACAUAUAACAAUAAUGCACUCAAGUUAAAAUAAUAAAGCUAUAUUACAUGUUGGG